AAAUGGAAGAACCAAGCUGUGGGCUUCCUGUUCACCCUGGGAACGAGACUGAACAUUCUGGGAACGAGACUGAACAUCCUGGGAAUGAGACAAGAGAUCCUGGGAAGGAGACUGAACAUCCUGGGAAGGAGACUGGACAUCCUUGGAUGCAGACAGCUGACAAGGAAGACCAGACAACAGACCCUGGGAGUCAGGAAGAUGAGGAAAGUGAAACUUUCAGCAAAGUCUCGCCCCUACCUAACCAACAAGACUCAUCUGUACAGGAUUCUCCAGUGCAGGCAGACGGGCACCUGGUAAAACGUGUGAUGGACGCACCCUACUCAUGCAGGCAGUGUGAGUACUUCACAGCCAAAAGCUCCCACCUGGCUGAUCACAUGAAAACGCACACAGAUGACAAACCACACAAGUGUGACCAGUGCGAGUUUCGCACGGCCUGGAAACGGAAUCUAAAGGAGCACAUGGCUAAACACGCUGGCGAGAGCUACACAUGCAAGCAGUGUGGCUACAGGACACUGAAAAAGUCUCACUUCUCAGAACAUAUGAGGACCCACACGGGGGAGAAACCCUACAAGUGUGACCAGUGUGAGUUCUGUACGUCCUGGCCUAAGAACUUGAAACAACACAUGGCUAAACACACAGGCGAGAAACCCUAUAUGUGUGGGGAGUGUGAGUACAAGACGGCUGACUCAUCAGGCAUGCGCCGCCACAUGAGAACUCACACAGGAGAGAAACCCCACAUCUGUAGGGAGUGUGGAUUCAUGUGCAUCGAGCGGUCCAAGCUCUUCAUCCAUAAGAGAACCCACACAGGAGAGAAACCCUACAAAUGUCCCCUGUGCGACCAUACUGCAGCGCUGAAACAGCAUAUAGAUGUACACAUGCUCACACACACGGGUGAGAAACCCUACAUGUGUGGGGAGUGCGGGUACAGGACCACUGGCAAGUCUAGUCUGGCCAGACACAUGAGAACCCAUACAGGGGAAAGACCCUACAAGUGCAUCCAGUGCGACUAUGCUGCUACACAGAAAGGAUGUCUGGAUAAACAUGUUAGGGUAAAGCACAAGAGAAAACAACCUAUGGGUGGGCAAAGGGCCACAUCAUCCUAUACACAGUCACCCUAUACACAGUCACCCUAUACACAGUCACUGCAUAUGAACGUCCUAGGGAAUGAGUCCACUCAGUCCAGUCUUUCCAUUAUAGAUAACUGCAUUGCAACUUCUUGUCCAAAAGCUGAUUAAUUGCAAAUAACAAUAGACAUGAUAAUAGUAAUGACUAAUGGCAAACAAGACUUAUAGAACCAUAGCUUAAGUUACUAGUUUCGAUGUACGAGUAUCAGGUUUUGGGCUCGAAUUAUAAAUGAAUACAGUAAUUGCCUACAGAUUCAUACAUAGAGAAAUGGGGGAUGUACAACUGUUAGUAAAGGAAUCCAUACAUUCAGUAACUUAAGAAUUCUAAACAAGUAAUACAGUCAACAAAGUUUGUAUUGUUUUCCUGAAGGAUCUUUCGGGAUGAAG